CCAACGGUUUAGGCUGAGAAAUUUUUGAAUUAGUAUCUGGACAGCAGUCAGUCGCGUCAGUUACAAAUUUUCAAACAAAAUGAGGGAAAUUGUUCAUCUUCAAGCCGGACAAUGCGGAAACCAGAUCGGAGCUAAGUUUUGGGAGGUGAUCUCGGACGAGCACGGUAUUGACCCCACUGGCACCUACCACGGGGACUCCGACAUCCAGCUCGAGAGAAUCAAUGUCUACUACAAUGAGGCUACGGGUGGGAAGUAUGUUCCACGUGCAGUGCUCGUGGACCUUGAGCCUGGAACCAUGGACUCUGUGCGCUCCGGUCCGUUUGGUCAGAUUUUCCGGCCAGACAACUUCGUGUUCGGACAGAGCGGCGCUGGCAACAACUGGGCUAAAGGUCACUAUACGGAGGGCGCUGAGCUCGUAGACUCUGUACUUGAUGUGGUCCGUAAGGAGGCAGAGAGCUGCGACUGUCUCCAGGGCUUCCAGCUGACACACUCGCUCGGUGGCGGCACCGGCUCCGGUAUGGGGACGCUGUUGAUCAGCAAGAUCCGUGAGGAGUACCCCGACAGAAUCAUGAACACAUUCUCCGUCGUACCAUCACCCAAAGUAUCCGAUACUGUAGUAGAACCCUACAACGCGACGCUGUCUGUCCACCAGCUGGUCGAGAACACUGACGAGACCUACUGUAUCGACAACGAGGCUCUCUACGAUAUCUGCUUCAGGACCCUGAAACUGACCACCCCAACAUAUGGUGAUCUGAACCAUCUCGUCUCGGCCACCAUGUCCGGUGUCACAACUUGUCUCCGUUUCCCCGGUCAGUUGAACGCGGAUCUCCGUAAACUGGCUGUCAACAUGGUGCCAUUCCCGCGUCUCCACUUCUUCAUGCCCGGAUUUGCUCCACUCACCUCUCGCGGCAGUCAGCAGUACCGGGCGCUCACCGUCCCCGAGCUUACCCAGCAGAUGUUCGACUCCAAGAACAUGAUGGCAGCCUGCGACCCGCGUCACGGCAGAUACUUGACCGUCGCUGCCAUCUUCCGUGGACGCAUGUCAAUGAAGGAGGUCGACGAGCAGAUGUUGAACGUUCAGAACAAGAACAGCAGCUACUUUGUUGAAUGGAUCCCCAACAACGUGAAGACCGCCGUCUGCGAUAUUCCUCCCCGUGGCCUGAAGAUGUCCGCCACAUUCAUCGGCAACAGCACCGCCAUCCAGGAGCUGUUUAAGCGAAUCUCCGAGCAGUUUACUGCUAUGUUCCGGCGUAAGGCUUUUCUCCAUUGGUACACAGGUGAGGGCAUGGACGAGAUGGAAUUCACCGAGGCAGAGUCAAACAUGAACGACCUUGUGUCGGAGUAUCAGCAGUACCAGGACGCCACCGCCGAGGAGGAAGGAGAAUUCGACGAGGAGGAGGAAGGGGAAAUGGCCUAACGAUGUCAGACUCAUUUCAAACUUUUAUAUAUGUAUUAUAUACAGGAGUAUUUAACUCAACAAAAGUGGUUUAUUAACGUAGGAACUUGAAUGCCCAAUCAAAUAUCGCCAUAAAUCCAUCCCAUGUAUAAAGUGCUCACGCGAUCUCAUAUAGCUCAUCCUAUCAUUUAUUUAAACAUUCAUUCUUUACUGUCAACAAGGACUACCGAAUAGUGUUUUUUUUCAGGUGUGCCUUCUUCUCUGACGGGUUCUUUGUGCAUUCUUAUGCAUAUCUUCCUUCCCUAUAUUAUUUCCAAUUCUUGAUCUUGUAUACCUCAUUUAUUACUCUCGGACAUGUAUGAGAUUAUUGACCAAUCAAUAAAAAUGGUUGAAGAAA